AAAAAAAACAUGCGUAAUGUCUAUUCGCCAGCAAAAUGGCGUCAUCGAAGGAAACUUAUUGUUUGUGUGGUCAACCUUAUAAUAUCGGGCAAUUUAUGAUAGAAUGUGACUGCUGCCGUGAGUGGUUCCAUGGAAGUUGUGUCGAUGUUAAAAUUUAUCAUUCAGACGAUAUUGAUAAAUACCACUGUCCAAAAUGUGCACAAACCUACGGAACUUCAGUAUUAAAAAUUCCUACAAACAAUCACCGUGCGGAUCGUUACGAAAUUGGUGCGGAGACAAGGCCGUCACAAGCAGGCACACCAGCAUGGGUGAGGGCACUGGCUGCUCGACCCAUGCGACCAACGCAGGCUGCGUUACAGAGGAUGAGGGCGGAUCAGUUUACAGAGGAAUUUGUGCAGGAUAAUGGAUUUACACGGCCAAUAAUUUUCCAUAGUACAGAUGGAUUGGACAUGAAAGUACCGAAUUCUGCUACAUUCAAUGUCAGAUCGGUUUUGAGAUUCUGUGGAGCACAAUUGGAGGUAGAAGUGAUAGAUGUAAGAAAACAGACUACGCUAAGAAUGCCGUUGGGUGAUUUUGUGGAAUAUUUUGAAACACCACCAGAGCAUAGAGAUGAAAAAGUUUUAAAUGUGCUAAGUUUGGAGUUUAGUGAUACACCUAUGGCCGCACUAGUAGAGCCCCCGGGGUUGGCUCGCCGUCUCGACUGGGCGGAGCGCGUGUGGGCCGGCGGGUCGUCGCUGGAGACGCGAGCGAGGCCAGCUGUGCAACGCUACUGUCUGAUGUCCGCGGGGGGCUCCUACACUGAUUUCCAUGUGGACUUUGGCGGUACAACUGUGUGGUAUCAUGUGCUGCAUGGACGGAAGAUAUUCUAUUUAAUACCGCCGACAUCGACAAACUUGGCAUUGUACCAACAAUGGAGUGCGGCUAACAAUCAAACUGAGAGAUUCUUUGGUGAUAUGGUGGAAUGGUAUGGCACAGCAGAAGUGUGUCCUGGGGAGAGCCUAUUCAUCCCCUCCGGCUGGAUACACGCAGUGUACACUCCCGCGGAUUCGCUUGUGUUCGGUGGCAAUUUGCUGCAUUCGUAUGCUAUUGAAAUGCAGUUGCAAAUAUAUGAAAUAGAAAGUCGCGUGGAGACACCAAUGAUGUUCAGAUAUCCGUUGUUCGAAGCGAUGCACUGGUACGCGGGUGCGCAUCUAUUGGCCAUGCUGAGGCGGCAUAACGAAGAAACACAGGAUGAAGAUUUUACGCUAAGCGAAACCUGCUUACCGCCAGCGCAGCAGGAUUUACCUCCGCUACUGUUGCGAGGCAUUAAAAUAUUGGCGAAUGCGCUUAAAGAGUGGCACGCAUUGAAAAGUACUGACACAUCAAAACGAGACAACGUACCGAAAUGCCUCAAUUCGGGACAACUGGUGCGCGAGCUGUGCAAGGAACUGCGCAUAUUGGAGAAGCGUAGCGGCACUAAUAAGGAUAAAGAUACUAAAGUGAAAAAUCAUUCGCCCACAAAGUCUAAUAAUAAAAAACAGACAUCGACCCAAAAGAAAUCGCUCAAGCUCACGCUACCAAAACCUAUAAUGCACAUGACGCCAAAUUCACAAAACGGUGAAUUUGUAGAAGAGAAAAUAUACGCAGAUAAAUAUUAUGUAGAUAAUAAAGAAGUAGCAUAUGCAGAUAGAUAUGCCACUGAUAUGAAAUAUGUCAAUGAUGUCAAAUAUGUUGGCAACGAUGUCAAAUUUGUUACCAAUGAUGUCAAGUAUGUCAACAAUAAUGCCAAGUUUGUCAGUAAUGACGUCAAAUUUGCCAAUAGUAAUAUCAAGUUUGUGAAUAGUGACGUGAAAUUUGUGAACACUGAAGUUAAAUAUGUGACCGCUUUGCCAGAAGCCAAGUAUAUAGUUGACAAGGAGGUGCUGCCGGAGAAGUAUACAUAUCAGAAUUAUGAGGUUGCAUACCAAGAUGGAAACGGCUUUGUUGAACGGCAUGAAAAGAAAAAUUUAAAGGUCAAAAUUAACAACUCACCAUCAUCGUCCCGCGAGGAGCCACCACCGUACAGCCUUCCGGAACAUUCUAUACUCAAAUCGCAUUUAAUCAGGUCGGAUAGGACGUUAAAGCCCAUACAACAAUGGACGAUAUCCAAAAAAGAUAUUGGGGAUUAUCACGAAGAAGUGUUGUACACUAAUGAGAAUCUACAGGCGAACGUGAGGUUGGAGGGGCAGGAGAUUAGUUACGGACCUGGUAUGUACUCAGCGGAAGAUAUACAACAUGACUACCAAUACUCAGAAACGGCUAAGCCGGGCUCGUACCAGCAGUACGGCAUACAGCCGGCCACGGAAAUUGCGUACGAACCGUAUCAGAGGUAUACGGACGUCGUGCAAACGCAUCAAAACCCCACGUACAGCACGUCCGGCACACAAGCGCAGAACGGCGUGUACGCACACGCUCACGCGCACACGCACGCGCCGGCGCACGCGCACAACCAGCUGCCGUCGUACGACGCGGCAAUCGCGCACCAGUACAGUACUAGUAAUUAUGUGAUAGAAGAGCAGAAGCCGACAGAGACAACGCCAGCGACGCCGGUGCGGCGCUCGGAGAGAGCGGUGCGGCGGAGGAUGUCCAACACGUACGAGUACGAGGAUGGCGACUUGUAUGUCGACGAGCCGGCGCCGGCCCGGCGGCGGCCGGCGAAGCAUAGACACAACCAUAGACAACACACUGCGUCAAACAGCGCAGGCGCAUACAGAUCGCGGCCGGCGCCUGCAAACGGCAUCGAAUCUCUCAUACAGGCCUCCGUUCUCGCUGAGGAGGAGCAACCCGUCACCGAGACCACACCAAGCAGUAGUAAGCGGCAGGCAACCAGGAAGGCAGCACCGAACAGCGCUGACGAGGACUUCGAUGAUGAGGAAGACGUCAUUAAGGAAGUCCACAGAGACGAGGAGUAUGUGUAUCCAUCACUGGAGAUGAGUUCGGACGAGGACGACGAUUGGACGUCGUCGCGGCGGCGGCGGAACUCCAAGAAUAGAAAUGACAAUAAGGCUAAGAGUGAAAAGGACGAGUCGUGGUCGCCGCGCGCGCGGCUCGGGCGGCUCGUGCCGCGGCUGCGCGGGCCCGCGCGCUCCGCCGUGCGGCGCGAGUGCGUGCGCGCCGCGCUGCACGCCGCCGCCGCCGCGCGCCCCCACGCCCACCCCCACCCGCACCCGCACCCGCACCACGCGCACGCCGCCGAGCCCGCCGCCCUGCUCGCGAAUCCGAAACGAGCUGUGCUAGCAACAAAGAGCCGGCGGCCCCCGCCGCCCGUGCACAACCCAUCUAAUAGCAAGAAUAUAAGACUGAAAAAAGGGAUGAAGACGGCGAAACAGCGCCUCGGCAAAAUACUGAAAAUACACAAAAUGAUAUAUUAGUUUAGCGAAUAGAUUCUAUUAUAUUAUUAUUGUAUAGUUAAUUGAAUGUUAGCGUAAUGAGUAAAUAAUAUGAUUGUUAGAUGUAUAUUUUCUAUAUAUAUAUACAUAUAUAACUAUUUAGAUGAAGGACCAAUUGGUGUUGUGGCGGUGCGAGUAUGUAACGGACACUUUGUACGCCAUUUUUGUUCCAUUCAUUCAUUAAUUCAUUCAUUCAUUCAUUUAUGACAUAUAGCUUUUUUCUCGUGGUAUUUUUUGUAGAUUAAUACGUACAGUGGUUUGUAUGUUUGUUCACCGAUCGUUCUUGAUGUUAUUCAUUCGUUUAUGUGUGGAUAAUUUAUUUAAAUUUCAAAUAGAAAAACUGUGAAGUGUGUGGCUGAUUUAUUGAACAAGACUUGAUCGACUUGACACUAUAUGCUUGCAAUAUUUCUUUGCGAGUGUGAAUUAAGAAAUUUUUUUUCGCCGUUUGGUGUACGUGGAAAUACAAUAAUGUUUAAUAAUCUAUGAACAUGAUACUAAUUACGUAUAUUACUAUGCGAUUCAACUAAGUUAGAUUUUACGUUGGAAAAAUGCGAUUUACUUAGAAAAACUUUUCGCAUCCAAAAAGCGGUAUAUAUUAAUUUGCCCGACUGUUACAUCAAAGUUUAAAUAUCACUAUUUCUUAGGUCAUUGGUUCGUUUGAACUAAUGUUUUUGCCGUCACAAUAUGGCGCCGAAACGAUCCUUUUCUUAGUUGAAUCGCGUAGUAUGUGACGAAGCGCAUUUCGCACUUUUCAUAAAUAUAUAUUAUAACCAAAUGUAGAAUAGAAUUAUUUUUGUAAAGCCUAGAUCUGAUGUACAUAUAACUAUACAUACAUACAUACAUACUUGUGCAAUCUAUGCGUAAACAUAUGUGUUAUGUAUGGUUUUUUUAUUUGUUUGUGAAAAAAGAAAGUGUAUCUGUCUUUUAUUUGUAGUACUGGAGACCUUUGAGAAGCGAUUAUUAAUGAAAUUUGGAUUUUACAUGGACGUGUUUGUGAGUUUGUUUAAGCGUGGCUUCUAAAUCGAUAGAUUUGUUGACGUUGCUAUUGGUGCAAUCUCAUAAACAAUUUAUAUAUUUUAUGUGAGUUUUGUGGCGUAAGCAUAAACCGCACAUCUAAAUUUAACUAAAUUUUUUACAUUACCACCAUGUACCUUUUUAACCGACCUACCCAAAUUGAGAACUCAAUUUGACUGCAUUUUUUAUGCUUCCUUACUCGAUAACUAUGUGGGUCUAUCAAAUUCGUUUCCAUUUUAAAAUCUGAAAGUGGUACUUCUAUCCAUUUUUCAUAAUAAAAGAAAUAUUUUAAUUCUGUGACAGUUAUUGGUAAACGCUUCUCAUUCGAUAGUAGCUAGUAAGAGACAGAUCUCGACCACCACCGAAAUAAAUGAGAUGUAGGUAGGUACUGUGUAGGCUCGAUUUAAGUAUUAGUUGGUUAAGUUGGUAGGCUUAGAUUCGUUUUUUAUAUUGUUAUUUUGUUAGUUGAAAAUUUAUUUGUAAAUACUGUUCGUUCGUUGUGCGUGAUGUUUAAUUGAAAUAGCCUAAUUAAUAUUGGUCGUUUAAU